ACAGAUGAAAUGCGCCAUUUUCGUCUGCUGAUAACAGUUGUAAGCUAAGUGGUUGUUUGGCAGUAGAUCCUAAAGAAAACAUGUCAUAAUUCUUUUGGGACUGUUAUUAUCCGUGUGUAAAUGUUUUUUUUUGCUAUGUUAAGUCACCGAAUUACUAAAUGAGAGGGCGAGUGUUCGUACAGGCGAGUGGGAGGUUGAGGUAGUUGACCGUGGAAAUGCUUAGACUAAAGGGUAAGACUCAACUUAUGGUCGCAACGUUGCUUAUGUUAGUUACCUUACUGAUUUUAUAUAAAAUAUCAUUGGCGGACACUCUGCAUGAUUCUCAGAGACUGAAAGAUGACGAAGGAUACAGCUUACAUUAUAUAAAUGAACCCAUACAGCAAAAUGAUGCUUCGGCUUUGGUACAGAAGGUAGAGGACGUUAGACGCAGGGCUAACGACCUGUAUCAUUUUAAUGGUAUUCACAAAAAUAUGAUUGAUGAAGAUAAGAUUGGAAGGAGAAUGAUGGCUCCAGGAGCUGAUGAUUAUCUCUCUGAGAAAAGUGAUUCAAGAAAUGUACGUAAGUCAAACAAAAAGCUUUUCCCUGGAUACCGUUAUAUUCAUUUAGAUUUAAAAGGUGCACCGCCAAAAGUUACCUAUUUUAGUGAAUUAUUUAAAAUCUUACGUGAUUUGGGAGCGACUGGUCUUCUGAUAGAGUAUGAAGACAUGUUUCCAUACAGUGGGCAUCUGUUGAAAGACGUCGCAGCAUACAAUGCAUAUACAAAAUCAGAUGUGCAGAAGAUAUUAGAGAUAGCAAAAGAAAACGAACUGAAAGUAAUACCAUUAAUUCAAACUUUUGGACAUAUGGAAUUCAUCCUAAAACUUGAGAAAUUUUCAUAUUUACGGGAAGUUCAGAGAUAUCCACAGGUAAUCUGUUCUUGUCACAAUGAUACAUUUCCCUUGCUGACAUCGAUGAUUGAUGAAAUCUUAGCGCUGCACCCUGAUGCAGAGUAUCUUCAUAUUGGUUGUGAUGAAGUCUACUAUCUUGGAGAAUGUAACAGCUGCAGCACCAGUAUGAUGCAGCACGUUCCAACAAAGUCAGAGCUGUUCUUGAAUCAUGUCAUUCGCCUAGCAAAAUAUGUGAAGACUCGGUAUCCAAGCGUGACUCCUUUGACGUGGGAUGAUGAAUUUCGCUCUCUAAGAGAGGAAGAUCUUAGAAGGGCAGGUGUUGGUCGGUGGUUAGAGCCUGUCAUUUGGAAAUAUACACCAGAUAUAAAUGCCGCUUUACCACCAGAGUUGUGGGACAAAUACAGUGCAAUAUUCCCUGCUGUGUGGAUAGCAAGUGCUUUCAAAGGAGCUACUGGUCCUGAUAAACUGCUCACAGACAUUAGUUACCAUUUGGAUAACCAUCGUGCCUGGAUUGAUAUAUUUACAACAUAUUCUUCACAACUCAAAUUUCGUGGCUUGAUGAUAACGGGAUGGCAACGAUAUGAUCAUUUUUCUGUGUUGUGUGAACUAUUGCCUGCUGGACUCCCAUCACUAGCAACCUGUUUGACAUACGUUACAUCAAAUGACAAAGAUAUGACAAGUCCGUCAUGGCAUGCAAUGGAGACUUUGCAUUGUGAGCCCCCACUGCCUAUGCAACCUGGUACUGGCAAGUCACGUUGCAGUUUCACUGGAUCUGGUGUUCUGGAUGUUGCAGAACGUGUAUUUGCUUUAAAACAAAAUCUGGAAAGAGUUGCCUCAGAUCCAACAGCUGUGGGAUGGUUAUCACCGUACAACAUUCAGAAAGGAUUUUCAAGCCCCUCACAUGUGGAACAUGCAACAGCAGAGGUGGACCGAAUGUUGGCAGAAUUAAAAUAUAUAUCUCGUGAUGCUCAAAAAGCACUUUCUGAGAUUUAUGAUGAACAUACUGUUUCUGAGUGGCUGGAUACAUACAUUAACCCUUUGCAGCAAAGACUGGUGGCAAUGUCUUCAGCCCGUGAACGCCUACUGGAUAUGUCUCACUGGCCACGUCGUCCACUUGACGUUCGCCAUUCUUCAUCACUCUCACAAAGAAGCAACUAUUUGUGAUGUAGGUGAUACAGUUUACCAGCAUGGUAAAGUGAUGAUAUUUUGAAGACUGAUUUAUUGUACAAAGGUGACAGUGUACUGUAAGAUAAGUAUAGCUUCAUAAGAUACCAGAGCCUGAAAAUGUAUUGACAUUCGACAAUGUAUUACGCAAAUUUUCCGCAAGAGUUGUUGUUAACAUCUUUGGUUUACACUUCAGUAAUUGGAAAGAAUAAAGGAACUCCUUGGAAGGAAAAUUAAAAAAAUAACC